UUCAAAUGCCACGCCCUUUCAACUCCAAACUCCGAAAGGCUCGCUCUCUUUCUACAUGGAAGAGCUGCCACCGCCUCUGAUUGUCGAAAUCCUGGGUCGACUGGCCGACUCGGCCGAGCUCGCUAGGUGCCGGCUCGUCUCGAAAAACCUCAACGCGCUCUCCUACGAGGUCGCCUCCGUCCACCUGAUCUGCACCUUGUCGCGCUACCUAAAGUCUCGUGCACCCGAGACGAAGCACUUGGUCACGCCAUUCAAGGCCGUUUUCAGCACCCUGGCUCGCAACUCUCGGACCCUCGAAUCCGUCUCGAUUGGCGUGGACAAGUCUCUCGGAAGCAUAUCGUAUGACGACGUCGAGGACGAGUCCGACGACCUUUACCUCACCGAUGUGAGCUUCGUGAGGGAGUGGUUGCCGGAGAUCGGCGGAGGACUGAAAUCGUUAUCUUUGUCGGACUUUUGGGUUCAGUCUUGCUGGAGAAAGUCGGAGGUUCUGUCACUGAUUUCAUCAUGCUGUCAUACUCUUCUCGAACUAAAGGUAAAGAAUGCUUGGCUGUCAGUGGAUGGCCUGGAUCCAAUGCCUACGCUCACAAGCUUGACACUUGAGUUCAUAAGACUGGAUGAUGAAGACCUAAACAAGGUUAACAAUUGCUUCCCCUCUCUGGAAACUCUGAAUUUGAUAGGUGUGGGAGGACUUAAGGAGCCAAAGAUUCAUCUUCUGCACCUUAAGACCUGUCAUUGGACAGUGUCAAAUGCUCCACUUUCUCUAGCUAUAUUGGCACCCAACCUUGUCAAUCUCACACUGAAGUGUAUUAAACCACAGUCUCUUGUCCUUGAAACCCCUUCGUUAUCUGAUUUCCACCUUUCCCUUGAGGAAGCAAAUGAAUUCGAAGUAAAAGACCUUCAUCAUUUGAAAACCCUUCAGCUUCAGUCUGUGAAUCUUUAUAGUCUCAUUUGCAUGUUCACAUGGGGUAGAACUGUCAAGAAGCUCACACUAGAUUCAUUGCAAUUGAAAAUGACUGGAUUUAGCCUUGAUACACUGUUUGAUGUUUUCCCAAAUUUGAGCUAUCUUAAUUUGGGCGCUGGAGGUUGGACAGAGGCACUUUCUAGUUUUGGCUCAGGAGGUUUGGAAGGUAGAAUUGGGAUGAAUGGUUUGAAGGAAAUUGUUGCAUAUUUGAUUACAGUGUAUGAUAUUGAGCUUACACUUCGAUUCAUUUUCUCUAUUUUGGAUAAAUGCACCAACUUGUCGGCCAUGGUGUUAAUGAUCUACCAUCAAGUUGGUUUUCUCACUGCUUGCAACCUUAUCAGGAGGUGUAGAGCUGCUUGUCCUGGAGUUAGAUGGAAAUGGGGAGUGUGGAAAGAAGGAAUGGCAGACGUUUGGGUUUCUGAUGGCAUCUAAUUUGAUAAGUGCAGUUGUCUAAAAUUUGUUUUGUUGACUGGCUCUAGGAGACAUGUGAUGGAAGUAUUCAAGUGUUACUCCGAGCAAAAAUUCGUGACAUUUGGUUAGAACAUGCUUGGAGGAGGCUGCAAGGACCAACCAUGUGAUCAUCUUCAAACGCCCAUCAUGAAUGUAACCAAAAAGCUAGUUUCUUGUUAUGCUUCAGUGUCAAUGCCUGUAUUUGAAGUUCUCAUUCU